AUGACUCCUUCUGAUUUUCCUCCCCCAGGUAUUUACUAUAUCCAGUCUACAUACAAUGGCGGCUACGCUACUGUCCGCAGCGGUGGCGUUGGCGCCCUUGAGGUAUAUGGCAGCAUUGUCGCGGACUACGAUCAGGAGUGGACCCUGAAACAUGCUACUGAUGAGAACAAUGGAAGAUACACUAUCACUGCGGCCUUGCAUGCCAAAUUGCCACUGGGUGUGGAUGAGAUCGAGCAGAAUGCUGCAGUCCAGGCCAAGAAAGCUGACCCACCGCAGACCUGGAUCCUCGAGAAAAGAGAUGACGAGGGUUCUUUCAGUAUCGGCCAGGUCGAUUCGGAGAUCAACUAUGUUUGGAAUGUCCAGCAAGAUUCGAUCGUAAUCCGUGGUGACGACGGACAUAAAGUUCAAUCCUGGACCUUCGUGUUGGUGUGA